AUGGUGAGUUCAGUUAAAUUGAGUGACGCAAUCAAACGCAAGCGGGAUUUGCAAGACGCAGAAUCCGACAUUGACAUCAGUAGCACGGAUUCAGAAGAUGAGUCUGACAAGAACGAAGAAGAGCAAGAAGUUGUCAACAUUGACUUUGACUUUUUCAACGGCAACAAAAAUGUGGACUUUCAUGCCUUCAAAAAUCUGUUGCGUCAGCUUUUAGGACCUCAGGAAUCUAAUAAACUACAACUUAGUGCUCUAGCAGACCUAGUUUUGGACUCGCCCACAACCACUAUCAAGACCGAUGGACAGGAAUCUGACCCAUACUGCUUUCUGUCCUUUAUUGACUACCGCUCGCACCGGGAUUCCGAAUAUGCUCGCUACCUGGGCACGCUGGACCCUCGGAUUGGAAACUUUUUAAAAACUAUCGACAACUCCAACCAAACGUGCGCUCUGGUACUGAGCGAGAGACUCAUUAACAUGCCGCCUGAGAUCAUUGCACCUAUAUAUAACAUUACCUUGGAGGACGCCUCCAACAGUCUUGGCAAAGGGAAGCAUUACGAUUACUACGUCAUGGUGAGCAGAAAGUUCGAAGUCAACGUUGAAGCAGAUGACGAUGAUAAACCAGGGCAGAGCCGCAAGCGUGUUAAGUCAUCUGAAAUUGACUACUUCCACGAGGAAGAUCGUUUCCUCGAGCGCAACGCCAAAAUACACUUCGACUCCGAGAGUCGGAAAGGUCUCGUAUCUUCCUACGUUAUUAUUGAACACGCCUCACUGGUCAAAUCAAUUCAAGAAGUUGCCAGUGAAGUAGCUACUUGGUGA